AUGUGGGAUUUGUUUUUCGAGAAGGUUCGUUUGGAUGGGUUUUGGAGAUGUACUCAGGAUCGUGAACUUAUGUUGGAGGAUGAUAUGGAUCAUGGACACGCAAGUCAGGAGAAACUCGAUGACCUUUGUGAUAUUUUCCCAAGACCAACUUCUCCUCGACCACGUGGACCAGAGGCACGUAGAUCAAGAUUUAGUUUCCUCGACGAAAUCAACAGCAAAGACCUCAAAGCUUAUUCACCCUCUCAAAUUCAGACAAUCCUCCAACAACGUAGUCAUCUUCAUGAUGUACUUGCCAAUUCUGAGGAGCCUGUCCUUACACCAUCGAACUCUUCCAGUAACAUCCCACGAUUUUUGUUCAAUCCUUUCUCUCGCCCAUCUCCAACCACUUCUCAAACAGUCCCAAAUUUGAGAAUUACUAAUCCACGCCCAUGGUUGCCAUCAAGAGGUACCGAGUGUCAAUUUAAAUGCUGUCAUACUUGUCGACCCACGCUUCUUGAUCGCAGCUAUCUUAGUCUCAAUGCCAUUGCAGAUGAUGACUUGCCCUGUACCGCCACCACUGGAUUUGGGUUCAAUUUACAAAAGUUUAGACCGGUGGGCAAUGUUGAGGUCGUUAGAAAUUUGGGAUUGAGACCAAAUCCAGUUCCUGUUGAACCAAACAGACCAUGUUCCCGAAACUUGCGAUUUCAACGACGAGCAACUGAUCUUGGUCUUGGUGUCUUGACUGAUCGAUCGACUAACACAUCCAACUACAACAACAUGAACACCAAUUCUUCACCUUCUCAGACGGAUUCCUGUAACUCAGUACCUCAAGUUCCUACGCUUUACCAUCGUUCUGAUUUCUUUUCCGAACCCCCUUCCUCUACCGCCGGAUCAUUCCCGUCCUCUUCUUCCGAUGGUACUUCAACAUCUGAUGAAUCCAGCCCUUAUCCUUUCCCUUACGUUGGGAGAUCAGCCCCUAUCCACCAUUCAAAAAAUAAUACCAAUCCAUUCAGAGCAAUGGGUUCAAAUAUCGUUCAAAAUCAUGCAGUACUCAUUCCUCUUCCUCCACAAAAUCCAUCCGAAGUCUCACUUCUAGCCACGCCUACCACACCCACUUUGAUGGAAGCAACCGAGUCCGAUGGUCACUUUUUCGGCGCGGAACCAUUGGAGGUAGAGGAUGGAGUUGCGGUUAUGGAGGAGGGUGUUGGUUUACAUGUUCCAGAUGUUUUGAUCACACAAUAUUAA